AUGGCAAAGCAGAUUGUUUACGGCGACAACGCACGGCGGAAGAUCAUCGAAGGCGUGAACCAGCUCGCGGACGCCGUCAAGGUGACGCUCGGACCGAAGGGUCGCAACGUCGUGCUGGACAAGAAGUUCGGCUCGCCGACCAUCACGAAGGACGGCGUGACGGUGGCCAAGGAGAUCGAACUCAAGGAUCCGCUCGAGAACAUGGGCGCCCAGAUGGUCCGGGAGGUCGCGAGCAAGACUUCUGACAUCGCCGGUGACGGCACCACCACCGCCACGGUCCUGGCGCAGGCCAUCUAUCGCGAGGGGGCCAAGAACGUGGUCGCCGGCGCGAACCCGAUGGAAAUCAAGCGCGGCAUCGAGCGCGCGGUCGAACGGUCGUCGACGAGCUGCGGUCCAUGUCGACACCCGUCAGCGGCAACAUGA